AUGAGCGAACCCUCCUCAUCGGUGCCCUCGUCUCCCACCAUCUCCACUCCAGCAACGUCUCCUCCACCGUCGCCGGCCUUGUCCAACUUGACGCUGCAAGAACAUGUCUCGGAGGAGGCAAAGGCAGAAGCGGCCAAGGUAAAAGCAGAGGCCAACAAAGCGUUUACAAGCCAUGACUUCAACAAGGCAGCCCAGUUGUACUCGAAGGCUAUCGAGCUGAACCCACAUGAUGCAACGCUCUGGUGCAAUCGUGCAUACACUAGGGUCAAGCUUGAGGAGCAUGGGUAUGGCCUCACCGACGCCAGCACGGCCAUACAACUGGAUCCAAAGUAUGCUAAGGCGUAUUACCGUCGCGCUACAUGCUAUCUUCAAACCCUACAGUACAAAAAGGCAAUUGCUGAUUUCCGCAAGCUGCUCACAUUGGAGCCCCAAAAUCAGCUUGUCAGAACCCAACUAGACAGCACGCAGAAGAUUCUGCGUAAAGCCGAGUUCGAAAAGGCCAUAGAGAUGGAGGAGGAAGCAAGUCCGGUAGACAGGUGCUACGAGAUCAUUGCCGAAGGCGGAUGUGAAGUAGACCGCGACUACCAGGGUCCUGCGUUACCGACAACAGACGAAGGAAAAUUCAGCAUCGACUUGGAUUUUAUCAACGCCAUGAUUGAAUGGUUUAAAGAUGGGAAGACCCUUCCACGACGAUAUGUCUGGGAAAUUGUGCUAGGCGCACAUACAUACUUCGCGCAGGAAGAAAGUCUGGUCACGUUAGACCUAGAAGAUGGGAUGACUUGCGAUGUUAUCGGCGACGUUCACGGUCAAUUUUAUGAUUUAUUGCAUCUGUAUUCUUUGACGGGCAUACCUACCGACAAGCAUUGUCUACUGAUGAAUGGCGACCUCGUCGAUCGUGGGUCUUGGUCGAUCGAGGUUAUCAUCACUGCUCUCGCGUACAAAUGGCUGUAUCCAAAAACAAUGUACAUCAAUCGUGGAAACCACGAGACGAAGGAGAUGAAUCGUACUUACGGCUUCGAGGGAGAAGCCAAACAUAAACACGGUGACCAGACGUACAAGCUUUUCUCGCAUAUCUUCACCACCAUGCCACUGGCAACCUUAAUAUGUGCCACUCAACCUCCAGCCUCGCCCAUAGGAAAUGCAAUUUUGUCACCAGAAGGGAAAAAGCGCUACUUUGUAGUCCACGGCGGUCUGUUUAGCAAGGACGGUGUCACACUAGAAGAUAUUCGCAAGAUUGAGCGGAUAGGUCGCCAGCCCGGACAGGAAGGAUUGAUGUGCGAGGUAAGCAAGCAUAGCCAAUAA